AUGCAGGCCUCGAUGCACCUCCGCGCUUCUAGCAAGCUGCAGGCUGCCCGCCCCGCCCCUGGGGCAGGGCUGGUGCCUCGCACUGGACCUGUUGCCAGCCGUCGCUCGGCCCGCGUCCAGCCGGUGUUCAAGAAGGACCUGGUCAAGUUUGCUGAGACUGAGGAGUACGUCGUCAAGGGCGGCCGCGACAAGUACGCCCUCCUGCCGAAGGCCUUUGAGGGCAUCAAGCAGGUCGGCGUGAUCGGAUGGGGCUCUCAGGCGCCCGCUCAGGCCCAGAACAUGCGGGAGUCCUUCGCUGAGGCGGGCCUGGACAUCAAGGUCUCGAUCGGCCUGCGCUCCGACUCGCCCUCGGUGGCCGAGGCCCAGGCCUGUGGCUUCAGCAAGGAUGACGGCACGCUCGGGGAUGUGUUUGACAUCAUCUCCAGCAGCGACCUGGUCGUGCUGCUCAUCUCGGACGCCGCUCAGGCCAAGCUCUACCCCCGCGUCCUGGCGGCCAUGAAGCCCGGCGCCACCCUGGGCCUGUCCCACGGCUUCCUGCUGGGCGUCAUGCAGAGCGACAACGUGUCCUUCCGCAAGGACAUCAACGUCGUCCUCGUCGCCCCUAAGGGCGUCGCAGCAGCGGCAGCAGCAGCAGCAGCGGCAGCAGUGGCAGCAGCGGCGCGCUGGCGCAAAGAGGCAGCCUGGCGUGUUGGCAUGAACCAGCUGCGGGUGCCGGUUGCUGGCGGGAGCGGGAGGGCAGCGCGGGAGGAGCGCUGGCGCAUGGCUCCAUGGCGGCGCUAUGGGAGCCGGUGGCCGCCGGCCGCAAUUUUGUUGGAGAAGAGCAGCGAGCCCGCGGGCCGGCUGCAGCUGUGGCCGCGGCGGCCGCUUUUUAGGGCUGCCGGCGGCCGCAGCUGCGGCCGCGCCGGCGGCAUGGCGGCACACGGCAUGGGCCCCAGCGUGCGCCGCCUGUAUGAGCAGGGCAAGACCGUCAACGGCGCCGGCAUCAACUGCUCCUUCGCCGUCGAGCAGGACUACAACGGCCGCGCCACCGACAUCGCCAUCGGCUGGGCCAUCGCCGUGGGCGCCCCGUUUGCGUUCUACACGACCCUGGAGUCUGAGUACAAGAGCGACAUCUACGGGGAGCGCUGCAUCCUGCUGGGCGCGGUGCACGGCAUGGUGGAGGCCCUCUUCCGCCGCUACACCCGCCAGGUGUGUGCGCGGUCCGGGGAAGAGGCAUCCUCGGCUUGGGCGGGGGGUUGA